UGCUGCUGCCGCCGCGGGGGACAGGCGGAACAAAGCUCGGUCUCAAUUGUGUCUCCGGCUUGUCAGCCUCCUGCCUCCCAAACGCGUUCCAUUUCCACUUGAUGUCUCCACGCCGAAGGAGGGGAAAAGGAAUCGGUGACAGAUUCAGGUCUGAGCGCGUGCCAGUCCACUAGAUGCCCGUGAGCUGCCAGGCCCCCUCCCGGCACUGGAAGGGCGCAAAGGAAGGGAGGCCCCUGCCCUCGAUCCCAGCCUUGACCUUGCAGCUCCCGGUCCACGAUGGAGACGCUGUCGCAGGACUCCCUGCUGGAGUGCCAGAUCUGCUUCAAUUACUAUAGCCCGCGGCGCAGGCCCAAGAUGCUGGACUGCAAGCACACCUGCUGCUCCGUGUGCCUCCAGCAGAUGAGGACGAGCCAGAGGGAUGUGCGCUGCCCCUGGUGCCGUGGCAUCACCAAGCUGCCCCCUGGCUUCUCCGUGUCGCAGCUUCCUGAUGACCCCGAGGUCCUCGCUGUCAUCGCCAUCCCGCACGCCUCGGAGCACACGCCGGUCUUCAUCAAACUCCCCAGCAAUGGGUGCUACAUGCUGCCCCUGCCCAUCUCCAAGGAGCGCACGCUGCUGCCCGGAGACAUGGGUUGCCGGCUGCUGCCCGGGAGCCAGCAGAAGUCGGUGGCCGUGGUGACCAUCCCAGCCGAGCAGCAGCCUCUGCAGGGCGGGGCGCCGCUGGAGGCCAUGGAGGAGGAGCGAGACCGGCGUGGCGUGGCAAAGAGCUCCACCUGGUCCGGGGUGUGCACUGUGAUCUUGGUGGCCUGCGUCUUGGUUUUCCUCCUGGGCAUCGUGCUCCACAACAUGUCCUGCAUCUCUAAGCGCUUCACUGUCAUCUCCUGCGGCUGAGCGGGCUGCCCGGGCCAAGUCUCUUGUGGGUGCCAACUUAGGGGGUGAGCAGGUGUUGGUGACGGGAUCCCAGAGAGAAGAGGGGGGGCAACACUGACCAUGGGGUGCCGAGCCCUGGCCUCGGGUGGCCAUUGACUAACCCGAACAGACAGCCGCGAAGGGCGGAGUGGGAGGCUUCGGCCAGAUUCCAGCCCCCGUUGUUCCCGGUUGGACGGUCAAUGGCUUUGAAGAUGAUUGCAUGCAUCCUCAUAAUCAUUUCUGAACAGGACUGUAAUUUAUGAUUUUUCAGAAUCAUGUUCCCAGAUAGAUGUCUUAAAGCAACAUAGACGUCAGACUGUGCCAAGCGUGUCCGAGGUGGCCCUCUGUCCACGCGGUAGACUGCACCAGAGCUGCUCCGUAGGCCGGUAGAAUUGACCCUCAGAACCUGUGUAGAAAUCCCAUGGAAAUACACCACUCUGAGUCCUUGUCUUUUUCUUAUUUUCUAUGCCACCCCAUCUUCCUUUAGCAGCGAAGCCUUUUUCUUCUUCUUUAUUAAAAUAAUAAUAAUAAUAAUACACGUUGCAUCACACCGUGGGCCAUUGUCGUUGCUCUCGGAGAGAAUAUUUGAACCAGUGUGCCGGACAUGUUGUGUUUUGUUGGCACGUCCCUUCUUUUUUCCUUCACUUACAAUCAGAGCUCGCGACGUGUGCAUUAAACGGACCGCCCAUCGGGGGCGAUAAACUGAGUCCUAAGGAGAUGGGCCUGAUUCUACAGGAAACCCGGAUGUCAGUCUUUCUCAAGCCAUCUCCCGAUAUCCGAAUUUGAAAUGUAAAUAAUCGUGCAUUUGUGUGUGUGUGUUUGUGCGUGCGUGUGUAGUUUGGUUCACCUCAGAGUUUUCCGUCUCGAGGAAGCCUGGGAGGAAGUUGUGUCUGAAGCAGUGGCCACCCCAGACCUGGAUGCCACCCCCUGAUGGGGAGGUGCCAAGUACCUGCCUCCUUGCACACGAGCCCUCUGCCGGGUCCUGUGUAGAGAAAGAGUCUGUCUUUGCUCACAGUUUGGAAGGACUGUGACUCAGUGGCACACCAGGCAUGCAUCUAAACAGACGGGCCUGACUUAUUUUUUGAAAAGAUGUACCAUGGGAAUGAAACAAACCACUUAGUAGGAUUCGGGUGUCUACUGUUGGUGUAUGUGAGCAAACCUCUUGUAUUUAAAACCCUGUUUGUGUUGAAGAAAAUCAUAAAGUAAACUAACCACAGAUAUUCCUAUUUCGAAUGGACCUGUCCACGGUAAGUCCUUGCCUAGCCGUCUGUAGAUACCCCCGUGUCCCUCUCCUGUUACGUGCUGUAUUCGUGUCUUCGAGCCUGCGUGCAUUUAAAAGCAGCUAGGAGCUUUGCAAGGUCGGCUCAGAUUUCUUUGAUGGAAACCAUGAAGCAAGUGGCAUGCAACAAGGAUGCUGUUCAUAAAAAGGUCUCUGUUCCGGGGAGAACUUGGACACAGGGCGGCGAGGGGUGAGGGUGGAGGGUAAACAGUAGGCAGUUCCAAGAAUCGAGGCCAGAAAACACCCUGGAAGAUGGAGAGGAAGAAUGUCAUGUACUGAUAAUGCUAAUGAUCAUCUUCAGGCAGCGCAGAAUAGGCCCCUGAACGUAAUGUGGUUCGCACCAGAUAAAAAGAACAACAUCAACAAUUGAACGCACAACUCUCAUGAAGUUAAUGGGCCUGGGGACUGGAUAGGAAACACAAUGUCUCAGACCUUCCCUGCGUGUCCUUUAAGACCUUUAGGAAAUGUAUGUGAAGCUCAAACUAGAAAUUAGGUUGAAAUGCCGUUUAAUCGUGUAAGCUACUGGGCGUUAUUCGACAAAUAAUCUAGGAUUUAUCUGGUGUUAAUAACGUAGGUGUCGUAUUAGCUGACUAAUAUCCUCUAUUACAUAAGCACUGUUGGGUUAGUGUCACGGUCUCCCAGGCUGCUGUCAUGCAUGUCUCACCUGAGUUCUAUUCCUCCUGGUUGGAAGGGGGGCGCCCCCCAAAUCCACAGAAGUACUGCUUUGAGAAUGCUCCACUUCGAAUGGACUCUACCUUUGCAAUGUCAAGCCAUGCCAAUGUCCGUUGACUUUCUGAGUGAUAUCUACAUGCAUUUAUGUACAGUAUGGAGUGACUGGACUCUAGGACAGGGUGUGAUCAAAUUCUGCUUGUUAAGUCAGUUCUGCCUAGAAGGGUAGCCUCCCUCCCCACCCCUGUGCCUUGUGCAAGGCCCUGGAGUAUAACAGCUGUGUGACUUUUACUUUAAAAAGAACCCCAUGUUGGAUCUGCAAUUUCACAGUGCAAAGUUAAUUGGCUCCGUGAUAAGAUUCUUGACCUUACAACCUAAUCACUCAAAUUGGAUUCUUUUUCUUUUGAGUGUUGUUGAUGUAAGACACAUUGUUGACACGGAGUCUGCCUAAAGUUACGUGAGCAUCUGCUUAUUAGGGUGUGUGUGUGUGCAUUUGUGUGUGUAAGGAUUAACUUGCCAGAUUCUUCUAGGCUAAAUGACUUGAUUUGGUGCCCCAUUACUCUGGCCUUUUCUGGCAUCUCCCCAGCACUAGAAGCCCAUCUACCCCGUGUGGCACUAGUCUGGGGACAUAACUUACCAGAACUCACCAUUGCACAUCAAUUAAGAACCACAAUGCAAUGCUCUGAAAGCACAGAAAGAGCUGACUGUACCCUCUGGGGGCUCCACUGUGGGGAUGAGCUAACUCCUCGAGGCUCACCAAGGUGCACUGCAGCUUGCUAUUCUGCUGCACAUGGGGGUUGAGAAGAUCCCAUAGCUGUCUCAGUUUCUCCUCCCUUCUCCAGCCUGUCCACAUGGCCAGGAUCAUUUUUUCAGGAUUGAUGACCAUCCUUUCCUACCACGACUAUUGCUGCCAGGGGGGUUUGCUUUGGGUAGAUGGAUAGAUCUGUUUUCGUUAGUGUCUACCUCUGGGAAGCACAAGGAGGACUAAGUUCAGGAUGGGAAUAGACAUUUAAAGAAAACUGUCAAACCGUGUGAUUUAAAUUUGUAAGGUUGCAGAACAUUGAAUUUUCUCCCCUUAAUAUGGAAAGGAUGAUGAAUAUUGUGUAAAUAGUAAACUAUAAGAAGCAUGAAUUUUCAUCUUUCUUAAUGAUCUUGACAUUAGCGUGUGAAUGCUUAAUAUGUCAGGUAGAGCCAAGUACUCUCUCUAAAAGCAUAGUCUUUGGAAGUUUGUUUUUUUUUUUUGGUAUAAUGACCUGGGCCAUACAUUGUGAUGAAAAUGCAAAUGGAUUCUCAGUUUCUCAGUUCUGGCCCUAGUUUAGGAUCAGAAAGCUGCUAUAAGGUAUGUCCUUUACAAAUAUAAUUACAUUUGAUCUUGUGCAUGACGUAGAGUGGGCCCCUCGAAGGUUAAAUCUGAAUGGAUGCUAUUCAGGAGAACUCUGGGAGAUGAUGGAAAUAUUGUGUCAUCUGGGCUGUCCCAUGGAGUAGCCACUAGCCACAUUGGCUAUUGAGCAACUGACACAGAGUGAGUGCCACCGAGGAACCACAAUGCCUGCAUGUGGCUUAUGGCUGCCGUAUUGGACUCUGAAGUUCUAGAUGGUGGUUCAUCAGCAUGUGGCCGGAAGGUGUUAAUGGAGUAACAAUGUGAGGCAAAGCCGGGGGUUGGAAUCUAGUAACAUGCUGAGUGGGAAAAGAACAUUGCUUUCUGAGCUUACGUGUGUAUGAGCUCAAAUAUGAUAGAGUACAAAUUUAUUUAUUGUCCUUUGGAUUAUUAGUUGGAAACGUUGUGCCAAGAGGUAAUCUGUGAAAAGCUUAAAGAGUGCUUUAUUAAGCCCCCUUUCCGGGAUCAUUAGUUGCAUGUGAAUCUAUUGUUCCAAAAAUCAUAGUUAGACAGUAGCUGUAAAACGUUUGACUUGCAAACUCUGCAUGAUCUGUACAGUGAAAUUGUGUUUAGGGUCUUGUGGCCACAAAAUAAAUGUUACAGAAACAAGAAAACCCCAAACUAAAAAAAAUAAUAAAGUCUAAUGAAACCCUUCUUACUUCCCGUUCAUCUUCCCCAGACUUCACCACUGCAUUCGUCAGACGUGAACUAGACGAGCAAGCAUGUUUUGUGGUGUUCAUAGAUAGAUUUUGUAUUUUUGUUUGCCCUUGAAGUCUGCCAGCUUGUUAUUGCAUUUGGUGCGGGCAUAUGUGGGCAUCGUUUUUCAGAUGCCAGACUCAAAAGGAAGUACUAUUUUUAGAGUGAGAUUUGACAUUCUCGCCUUUUUAUUUAGUGAACCCUGAGAGAAUGGAAGCCUUGCACAAAGGCACUCUUUUUUCAAACAGUCAUUGCCGAUGGAAUUGAAUGAGCUGAGGGCUAUGAAAAUUAAUAGAAUUUAUUUUUCAGCCCGCCUGGGCUUUGCUUUCAUAUGCAUAUCAGAUUCUUCCUGAAACUCUAGUAUGUAUUCCAGUUCUAGACUUUGGUUUGAAAGGAGGAGUUCCUAUACUUUUAUUAGAAAAUCUACGUUGUAUAAAAGUUGAUCACUCUACUGUUGACUUUUUUUCCCAGCUGUAAUGUAGACCAAGUACAUUUGCUUCAAUGUAGUGGACAUGGGUUGAUUUUUUCUUCUUCUAGAACUUAGCAAUGGGUAAGACUGCUUGUCUUCACUUGCUCGAUUUUUGUUUUUAAUUUUUGCAAAACAAAGGGUCGUUGUUCUUUAGGUAUAAGAAGCUAGGCUGCCCAAGGCUAUACUGUUUCGGAUACCCAAAGGUAAGAGAGGAGCGAUAGGCAAACUAUUUGCAUUUCUGUCUUCUCUUAGAAACAUGACACUACCAACCAGACAGCACUUGGUUUCCAUGCAUGAAGUGUUGGCAGUCAGCUGAUUUGUCAUCAUUGACCCAGAUGGGGAAGCUAACUCUUCCUGGAUAUUUUCAUCUUUCUCAGAAAAACAUCACCCCCAAGAUAAUCUUUACCAAAAGAGGACCUACAGAAGAGAAUGAGGUAUUUAAGAUGAUUUGGCAACUGUUUUGAAAGUGGUAGUGUAUUUCAAACAUGAUGAUCUAUCUACCUGUUACUAAAUUUUGUUCAACCUGAGACACAUUAAAAAAAAAGUGGAAAGUCAAGCCGUUGACUUUUAUGACAUGAUGAACUCCUAUAUCUGUACAUGAUUUAGCUGUGCGUGUUCAAAAUCAAGUUAUGUUAUUCAUGUUUCUGGGUUAUACAAUGUUAUUAUUCAUGUUUCUGGGUUAUACAAUGUUAGCUGUUAGGUGUUAAAUUUCUUUAACACACCAACUACUGUAGGAAGUAUCCAAACGCUCAAGAGAUCUCAGUAGGUAUAAAGGUUGGGUUCUACCUUCUACGUUUUCUUGGGAAGCCUUUGGUCACUGGAGGACAUAAGUAAGUGAGUGGGGGGCAUUUCAUUUCUGUCUUCCAAAUGACUUACUUUUGACUCUGCUAAAGUGGUCAGGGAUAGGGCGCCAUGAUUUCUGAAGGGUGACUGGUGUUUUUGCCCAGGUCUCCUUGUUCAGUUGGGUUAAGUAUUUGUUUUCAGGAUGCACUGCCAGGGGGGGGUCCCAUUCUGUAUAUCUCCUUUAGAGUGGUGCUUGGAAACACUCAUCUUGAUAGCUGGACUUUACUAUCCUAAUCUAAGGGUUGUUUUUUUUUAAUAUACUACUCAUACUAUGAUGCUUUUAGUACAAUCAGUAUUAUUUGAGGUAUAGUCCUGAGGGCCUCCCCGAAGUUUGCACCAGCAUGUAUUUUUGUAUUUGAAGAACUGUACUCUUGUAGCAGCUCCUGAUCUUCUAGAACAUGGUUCUACAUUCAUCACUAUGGAAUUUAAGGCUAAUAGCCUAUGUGAAUGUCUCUUGUGAGGGAGCGAGUUAUUGGGUUAUCCUAAGGAGGAGUUUCCCAAAGUUUCAACCAGUUUUUAGUUUUACCUGUGUUCUGUAAGAUUCCAGAAAUGGGGGUAUUGGUGGUAAACGAACUUGAACUGGAAGAAGCAGAAAAAGAUGAGUCCAAUGUCCUUUAAAAGGGAACAAAUUGGUCUCUUUGUGGUUUCUGUUUAAAUCAGAGCUGCAAAACCUAGAUGGUCCAGAAUUUGCAAACUGUGGGUGCCUGGAACAAUAACUAGAAUCGGGGAAAUUAUAGGUUAACACCUUGCUAGACACUUCGCAUCUCCUUCUUAAGAAACAAAACCAGUGUGUGCAGGACAUAUCAACCCAAUGUCUUGCCAGGCAGUUUUGAAACAACGGCAUCCUGCUCUAAGAUGGAGGCCAGCCCUGCCACUUUGCUCUCCACAGUCCAGGCAAAUAAUCCAAUCUCCCACAUUAGGCUGCUGGCAGGGCAUACUAUGUCUCUUCUGGGUCUCCCAUUCCAGGGAUUGGGCCCGUAACUUUUCCCAUUCAGUUAUUGAUAGAGGCACCCACAUUUUGCACAUGCCAGGCCACCCUGGCUUCACUUCAUUGACCAAACUGAGCCAGUUUGAACUGUUCAAAGCCUUGAUCUAAAGAACAGGGGAUGCUGUGCUGUAGAAAAUUCUUGGUAGCAUUUUCCUGGCUGAGGAACAAACCAACUACCGAGUAGAUCCUCUGGGGGAAAGACGGAAACAUGGACUUGGGUCUGUUGAGUAGACGGGAAGAUGGAGCCAGACCGAAGGGAAGGUCAUCUAGCAGUGGGAUUACGGUCACCACCUCGCAUGUCUCUAAGCCAAAGGUCACUCGUGGCAGAAACGAGCAGAAGAAAGAAGCACAGGAAAACCAGAAAAACCGUUUAGCCAAGCACAAUCUGCUACCCUAAUACCGAUCCCUGGAUUCCUGAGUUCAGGAUGUUUAUCAUGGAGGCAUGAGAAGGGGUGGUGGGGGUGUUCUCAGCUGAUGAGAGGGGUCCAAGGAGGGCCCCCUUGACCCUCUCAUCCUUUCCAGUAAGACUUGCUUAGGUUGUCAGCACCGUAGACAAUUCCAGAGCCCACUUGAGAGUCGAUGGGCAAGAUCAGGACAGACCAGCUCUCUGGCAGCCUCCUAACCAUGGACUGAGAUGCCUGCCCCGGGGGCUUGAUCCUGACAGGAGGAGAUUAAACCUGUCGGGAAAAUGCUGAAGGCUUCUUGGGUUUUCUUCUGGUCAUUGUCUUUCACUCAUGUGUGUGUGUGUGUGUGUAAAUUCUACCACUUGUGUGCGUUUGCGUCAUUGGAUAGUUGCGGGUGCACGUUGGUUUCAACUUGAGGAGGUGAUGAAACCUUAGCAUAGCCAGGCAGCUUCCCUACCAGAGGUCCUCGCAGCCUUGGUAACACAUGCCCCAGUCCAAUGGCUAGGUUGAGGCUGCUCAGAGUUCUGUUAGUGUGAGACCUUGACAUGUUUCAUUUACAAUUAUGUGGUUUAUUUCUUGGAGGAGCCUUUCUUUUAAAGGGCCAAGUGGCCCUGCAGAGGAAUGAGCUGCUGGGCUGUGUAGAAAAUAUUGUCCAAACGUUGCCAAAUAUUGACUUCGUAAAGGGGCUAUCAAGCUGCUGUUUAUAAAUUUGAAUGUCUUAAAAGCAUUCUUGCUUGCUCUCUCUGUGAUAGAUGGUGUCUUAGUGAGUCCUGCGUUUUUCCAAUGAGCCCAAUUUUAAUAUAUGGUAUUUUUGUAUGCCAAACUGGUGUCUUGUCCUUUGUAUAUGUGGUAAUGUUGAUUUUAUGACAACUGUUAAAACACAUUUGCUAUGAUUAAAAUUCAUAAAAUGAUUUCAAAUAGA